CAUGUAGCUAACUGUUGUUAGCUUCUCACUACUGUUGGUCACAGGAACAGAAUUAAGAGUCGACGACAAAGCAAAGUCGGAGGAUGGUUUUGAAUCUGUGUCAGCCGCACUUUUACACAACAGUUCACUGCAACAAGCUUUGUGCAGACGGCUAUGAUGUCUCAAACCUUGUGUCAGCUGACCCCGCUCUCCAGAGGCGGGGCUUCAAGCUGGAGUACUUUCUACGUCCACCUGUGCAGGUGACCCUGAAGUUUGGCUUCCAGGUGGAGCUAUGCAGGGUGGAUGUGGAGCUGUGGCCCUGGGGCAUGGACCGAGGACAGGCCAGCAAGAGACUGGAGAUCAGCACCAGCUCUGAUCCGCUAUCUUCUCACAAAUUUAAUCAAGGACACAAACGGGUUCAGCAAAGGAACAAAAUUCACAUGCAGGUUAAGCACCAAAACAAACUGAACAAUAACAACCAAGAGUGCGAGGGUAAAUCCUAUCCUAAUCAUAGUUAUGGCCACCCGUGGACUGUUCAGGCCCAACAGAGGGGGGAGGAGGCUGUGGGUGGGUAUUCAAACAAGCAUCAGACGGCCAAAGAUCAGGCUCAAGCAAACGCUGACUCCCACCAACCUGAGGCCGAGUUUAAACUGGUGGGUCGAUGUGAACUUAGCGACUUAACCCGAGUCUGUUUUUCCCAGUCUAGUUUUCGCCCCCAGCCCCUGUUCCCCUCCCCACCCCCGUCACAGCCCGCAAACUGUCGACAGGAGGAGCUUUGGAGCAGGGGUCCGUUUUCGUUGGGCGCCGUGACGCAGCUUCGAGUGACCCUGGCGUUUGGCGGCUCCGCCUCAGCGCUGGGGUUCAAGGCUCUGUCUGUGUGGGGACAACCUGCUCGCUGCUGCCCUCCACAGGAAGUGGAGAGGAUCAAAACGGUCCACGAGGCCAGUGAGAGACGACUGCCGCAGCCUGGGUUUUUUACCUCCUCUGUCAGACCAACCAGUCAACCACAGCAAGCAGCCACAACUCUGAGUAAUUCCAUCCCAGAAGAGUUCCUUGAUCCUUUAACCCAGGAGGUGAUGGAGCUGCCGAUGCUGCUGCCCAGCGGCGUGUCGGUGGACAACACCACUCUGGAGGAGUGCCAGAAGAGAGAAGCCACUUGGGGUCGAGCCCCGAAUGACCCCUUCACCGGGGUCCCGUUCACCUCAAACUCCCAGCCUCUUCCCAACCCCCAGCUGAAGCUACGCAUCGACCACUUCAUCCUGCAGAGAGGGGGGGUGAGGAGGGACGGGAUGUUGGGGAGACAAGGGGAAAGAAAGAAUCCACAAGCCUCGAGACUAAUAUCCUCCAGAGAAGAAGGACCAUCCCACAUUGCCCCAUUUCUCAGUAAGAGCUCAAUAAUCAGCACUGUCAGAAGCUCAAAGAGAACUAUUCAGGAGGAAGAUGCUGGAUUAGGACAAUCAUCAGAUAAUGGAAAUCAUACAACUUCCUCUCAGCCUCUUGUUACAGAAAAUAAAUCAGAGUGGGAUCAAAAAAAGAAACGUUAUCUGAUUUAUGGAAGAGAUUCAGCAGAAGAUGAGAAGCAACUACAACCUCAAACAAAAAGACCAAGACAUGAUGCACUUACAGUCCCAGCCUGCAGCUCCCAUGAGCAGCGUCUGUCUGCCAGCCUGGACGAGGCCCUCUUCUCCGCCCUGCAGGGCCGACCGUCCUUCACCUCAAACUUGUCCCAGCAAAGACGGGACACUCGUGACAGUGAAGCACUGAACACCGCGCAGCUGAGACUGGGUUCAGACGUUCCAAGCGUCUGCCCAGGUAGGAUAAGUAAAGAUCGACUCGGUGAGAAGACGUGCUCCGCUUGUUCCUCUUCAGUCUCCGUUUACUCCACAUCUGCGUCUUCCAUCUACCGUCUGACCUGCGGCCAUUUGCUGUGCCGCCCCUGCCUGCAGAGGCGACCACACACUCCAAACGCCGUCUCUACAGUAACAUCCAAUCACGUCCUGUGUCCCACCUGCCAGAGCGGUACCCCACGCGGUGACAUCAUACGUGUGCACCACUGAGAGCGGGGGGGAAGCUGUGCCUUAAAAAGCCUGUGAGGAAACCGGGAUUGUUCUCAAGGUGAAGGAGGAAUUGUUGAUGGUGUGUUUUCCGACCGUGUUGAACUCGCGGUGAAGGAGAAACAUCCCCAUGAAUACACUGUUUAUUGGGUUUGACACUUCCACCGUUCCCUUCUUUGACGUACAGUAUAUCGCCAGGCGCCACUGUCGGUUCGAUCCUGUACAUCUGUCCUAACAACCUUUUAAAUCACGUCUUUCAUUGUUAUGGAUCAUGUUGUGUUACAUAUCAUCCGUCUUCAUACAUGAAGGAGAGCAUUGAAUUGUGUUGCUUAGGCCUUUCCUUGGACGAGUGGCGUCACAAAACCAGAUUACACAGACCAAACAAGGUUUUAAUGUCCACAGCUGAAAAAAGAACAUCUCUGAAAGCAAAGACCUUUACAUUGUGUAAAAAAAAUAAAAUAAAGAACUAACUUGACAAAGGACUUCUCCUCCACCUCCUCUCCAUCGCCGCCUCAGCCGUCUCCAUUGAACACUGAAGUUUUAUUGCAGCCUUGGUCCUGCAGCCUGUGUUCGGGUCCCUGGAUGUGUGUAUGAUGAGUUGAGGAUUCACAAAGAAAAGGCUGAGGGACAGAAGCACAGAGAGCAAGAGGCCAGAGGAAUGAAUGCGGGGAAACGAGGCGACUCAAGGCUGAGUGCUCAUUGUGCAGAAACAGCCGGGGUCACGCUCAGCGGAUCAGCUGACCACCUGAUGCCACGUUAGCCCUGUCCUCAUCUCAGUCCCGUCCCCUCGUUCCUCAUACGUCAGUGACAGCAAGUAGAGACACAAUCCCUAAUAAGGACGUCUCGGAACGGAUCAUCUUGUUCUUUCUUAUAUGCUGACAUGAAUUUCCACAAUGGCAAAGCUGCGGUGUAAGGAAAUAAAUGUUUACACGUUGUUUACCUCCCUAAUGA